AUGGGAAAUACAAUGCAAGUGGAACAAGCUAUCCAAGAAUACUUUAAUGAAAGGAUAACUCCAACAUUUAAGGCUCUUUUUCGUCAUGUUGGUGAUAUGGUCAAUUACUUUGGCAGUCCAUCUAUUAGAAGAUCUCCAUUAGAUCAAAAAAGAAUGAUACAACCUGAUAUCAUUCACAUGAAAAACGAGUCUGAUUCAGAUAUGCAAUAUCCGGAAAUUGUUUUUGGGAUAGGCGAUUACAAAACGGGAAUAUAUAAAAUGACGCAAGGCUUCGAAGAAUUCAAAACAGCUAUUCUGAACCGAAGAAGGUUGAGACUGAAUUCAAUUGGGAUCUUCUUUCCAGAUAGGGAGUGGUUGCCUAUAGUAUUACUUGAGUUGGCUCUAGGCAAAUACAUCUACCAAGUUUUCCUCUGUGGAACCGAUAGGAUUCUUACUUCAGACCACCAAACAUUUUCAGAGUUCUUUAAGUAUGAAAUUAUGAAUGGCAAGAUGUUCAUAUACUACUGUGUCAUUAAUGGUGCAUAA